ACAGAUGAAGUGUUUUUGGAAGCUCAGAUUCAGAAUAUCACUACCUCUCCAAUGUUUAUGGAGAAGGUUUCUUUAGAGCCAUCUAUGAUGUACAGUGUUGCAGAACUGAACACAGUUGACACAGCCGGUGAAAGUGAGUCUACUUUCGGCUCAAGGACUUAUUUGCAACCUAUGGAUACACGUCAGUACUUAUACUGCCUAAAACCAAAGCAGGAAUUUGCAGAGAAAGCUGGAGUAAUAAAAGGUGUAACAGUGAUUGGCAAAUUAGACAUUGUAUGGAAAACUAAUCUGGGUGAACGAGGAAGGCUGCAAACCAGCCAGCUCCAAAGAAUGGCUCCUGGUUAUGGCGAUGUAAGGCUUUCUUUGGAGACAAUACCAGACACUGUAAAUUUGGAAGAACCUUUUGACAUUACAUGUAAAAUAACAAAUUGCAGUGAAAGGACUAUGGAUCUGGUUUUAGAAAUGUGCAAUACUAAUUCCAUCCACUGGUGUGGAGUUUCAGGAAGGCAACUUGGAAAGCUGCACCCGAGUUCAUCCCUCCAUCUUGCACUUACGUUGUUGUCCUCAGUACAAGGAUUGCAAAGUGUCUCUGGCUUAAGACUUACAGACACGUUUCUGAAGAGAACAUACGAAUAUGAUGACAUUGCACAAGUCUGUGUAGUUUCUUCAGAAGUCUAA